GAAUCAUCAAAUUUAUUUACUGUUUUAAACAGUAGAAAAUCCGAGCGAAAGGUAAAAAUAUUAUUUAAAAUAUAUCUUAUUGUCGAAAUUAAACCUGCUGGAAAUAUUCGCUCAGUUGAGAUAAGGUCAAUACAAAAAUUGUGCAGUAAAAAGCGUAUGUAAUUUGAAACAGAAAAGGCCUUUAUUGGGGACAAAACUCCAGAGGAAAAAAACCCACACCGGACAUACAUCACAAAACUUCCUAGAACUCUCCUUUAAAUCGAAAUAAAUUUGUAAAAUGUGUUAUGAAAUACAACUCUACAAACAUCCAAAAUACAUUUCUGGUCAUAAUUAAUCUAAUUUGACAUUUUCCUCUUUCUUUAAUGCAACUUUAAAUAAUUCAGGCUUUUCCUUAACAUGAUAGAUUUUUUUUCAGUAUCAGAAAUGGACAAGAGGAAACUCCAAUAAAGAGAAAAUCAAUGAAUCUAAAAGGAUGAAGAAUCUGAAAACCAGCUAGCCACAAUGUACAUUUAAUUGUAUUAAUUGUAUAUUUCAUUUAAAUAGCCCGUCUCAGAGGUUUAAUAAUUUAGAAUCAAUAGUUCCCUUCAAAACAUAAAAUAUUUACACUUUAUAAAAUAUUAAACGAUUAACAAUACAGCCAUGUUGUUUAUAAGAGUGUAACUGAAGUCCUGCAAAUCAUGCUGUUGACACAAGCCUGUGAGGUUAGCGAAGUGAUCCUUAGUAAAAUGUAAAUGAAGAUCUUCAGACAGUGGUGUUUAUAAAAUAGCUCAUUAAUGACUUAGGAUUGAAUCGUUCCAACCAUUCGCAUCAUCAGAUAUAAUAAUAGUGACGAAUCAGACAGGAAAGAUCCUGGCUAAACCAUUUGCAUUUUUUUCCAGAAGUACUGAACUCCUAAUAUCACCAAUUCUUCUAAGUUCCUGGACAUUGAUCCGGAGGAGGAUUCGCAGUUCAACAUCAAGGUCCCUGUGCGUUUUAUUGCGACCUGCCGGUGGGAACUUUGUCUCCGAGUCGGAGCAGCAUGGAGCGGCGGAGCGAGAGCCCGUGUCUGCGGGACAGCCCCGACCGGCGGAGCGGCAGCCCGGACGUCAAGGGGCCUCCCCCGGUGAAGGUGGCCCGGCUGGAGCAGAACGGCAGCCCCAUGGGAGCCCGCGGGAGGCCCAACGGCGCCGUGGCCAAGGCCGUGGGAGGUUUGAUGAUUCCUGUCUUUUGUGUCGUGGAGCAGUUGGACGGCUCUCUUGAAUAUGACAACAGAGAAGAACACGCUGAGUUUGUCCUGGUGCGGAAAGAUGUGCUUUUUAGCCAGCUGGUGGAGACUGCGCUCCUGGCCCUGGGGUAUUCUCAUAGCUCUGCCGCUCAGGCCCAAGGAAUAAUCAAGCUGGGAAGGUGGAACCCUCUCCCCCUCAGUUAUGUGACAGAUGCACCUGACGCGACAGUGGCCGACAUGCUACAAGAUGUCUAUCAUGUUGUGACGUUGAAAAUCCAAUUACAAAGUUGUUCAAAGUUGGAAGACUUGCCUGCGGAGCAGUGGAACCAUGCCACAGUCCGCAAUGCCUUAAAGGAACUGCUCAAAGAGAUGAACCAGAGCACAUUAGCCAAAGAAUGCCCUCUCUCCCAGAGUAUGAUUUCAUCCAUUGUAAAUAGCACAUAUUAUGCCAAUGUGUCAGCAACCAAGUGCCAGGAGUUUGGGAGAUGGUAUAAAAAGUACAAGAAGAUUAAAGUGGAAAGAGUGGAACGAGAAAACCUUUCAGACUAUUGUGUUCUGGGCCAGCGUCCAAUGCAUUUACCAAAUAUGAACCAGCUGGCAUCCCUGGGGAAAACCAACGAACAGUCUCCUCACAGCCAAAUCCAUCACAGUACUCCAAUCAGAAACCAAGUGCCCGCAUUACAGCCCAUCAUGAGCCCUGGUCUUCUUUCUCCCCAGCUCAGUCCACAACUUGUAAGGCAACAAAUAGCCAUGGCCCAUCUGAUAAACCAACAGAUUGCCGUUAGCCGGCUUCUGGCUCACCAGCAUCCUCAAGCCAUCAACCAGCAGUUCCUGAACCAUCCACCCAUCCCCAGAGCGGUUAAACCAGAGCCAACUAACUCUUCCGUGGAAGUCUCUCCAGAUAUCUACCAGCAAGUCAGAGAUGAGCUGAAGAGGGCCAGUGUGUCCCAAGCUGUCUUUGCAAGAGUGGCAUUCAACCGCACACAGGGAUUGUUGUCUGAGAUUCUGCGUAAGGAAGAAGACCCUCGGACAGCCUCUCAGUCUCUUCUAGUAAACCUGAGGGCCAUGCAGAAUUUCCUAAAUCUGCCAGAAGUGGAGCGAGAUCGCAUCUACCAGGACGAGAGGGAGCGGAGCAUGAAUCCCAAUGUGAGCAUGGUCUCCUCGGCCUCCAGCAGUCCCAGCUCCUCCAGAACCCCUCAGGCCAAAACCUCGACACCGACAACAGACCUCCCUAUUAAGGUGGACGGCGCCAACGUCAACAUCACAGCUGCCAUUUAUGACGAGAUCCAACAGGAGAUGAAAAGGGCCAAGGUGUCUCAAGCCCUGUUUGCCAAAGUGGCUGCAAAUAAAAGUCAGGGCUGGCUGUGUGAACUGCUCCGCUGGAAGGAGAACCCAAGCCCAGAAAACCGCACCCUCUGGGAAAACCUCUGUACCAUCCGUCGCUUCCUGAACCUUCCCCAGCAUGAGAGGGAUGUGAUCUACGAGGAGGAGUCGAGGCACCACCACAGUGAACGCAUGCAACACGUAGUCCAGCUUCCACCUGAGCCAGUGCAGGUCCUUCAUAGACAGCAGUCUCAGCCAGCCAAGGAGAGUUCCCCUCCCAGAGAAGAAGCGCCUCCCCCACCUCCUCCAACUGAAGACAGUUGUGCCAAAAAGCCCCGGUCUCGCACAAAGAUCUCCUUAGAAGCCCUGGGGAUCCUCCAAAGCUUUAUUCAUGAUGUAGGCCUGUACCCUGACCAGGAAGCCAUCCACACUCUUUCGGCCCAGUUGGAUCUCCCCAAACACACCAUCAUCAAGUUCUUCCAGAACCAGCGGUACCACGUGAAGCACCACGGGAAGCUGAAGGAGCACCUGGGCUCCGCAGUGGACGUGGCCGAGUAUAAGGACGAGGAGCUGCUGACCGAGUCAGAGGAGAAUGACAGCGAGGAAGGCUCCGAGGAGAUGUACAAAGUGGAGACCGAGGAGGAAAAUGCUGACAAAAGCAAGGCAGCACCUGCCGAAAUUGACCAGAGAUAAUGUGAACUCCUACUAGGCAAAGCAAUACAUCGGUCCAAGGAUUUUCUGCUUUUGUUUCUUUAAAAGUUUUUUUGUUUGGUUUGGUU